UGUCGUACGUCACAUCCAGCAUCCAGCUGUCGUGAUCGACGCGAACAGAUGGACAUAUACUGGAUUGGGAGCGCCGAGUCAUAAUCAGCGAAACGGCUGGUCGGGACGCAGGACGAUCCGCGGGAAGCUGUGACCUUUUGAAAUGGCCACCGCGGGCUGCUGUAUCGGGGCGUUUUUGGUGAUAUUCUCGUUGCUAAUGAAGACAGGACAUAGCAUCCAGUGCUAUCAAUGUACCAGCAUCAACAACGAGGAUCCUUUUCAAUGUAAUGAAUUUCUAACAAGCGACGUGGAUCUCCAGCCGGAAUCGUGCGACGAUGUUUACGGAGCGCGAUAUUGCGUUAAGCAUGUAGGCCGUUUCGAGGGUGGUAUCGGUACAAAGCGAUUUUGUUCAGCUGUCGACAUGGGAAACUACUGCGAUUACGUGAAGCAGCCGGGUGAUAAGUUGACCUAUCGUACUUGCGUUUACACGUGUACUGGUCACGGAUGCAAUCCAGCAACAUCUUCCAUGCCGAGUGCAACACACACAUGGAUUAUGCCUGUAGGUUUACUGGUUGUCUGGAGAAUGAUGUUUCACAGGUAGAAGAUUCUCAACAUUUUUUAAAGCCUUGAUGGCUACUCAGUCUGAUGAAUUUGUUGUUCACUGUAAUCGAUGAAUCUCUUACUUAAGAUUUUAAUACUUAAAUUUUAUUUCAUUGCAA